GCCACACCCGCUCCCAUGAACACCAGCAGAUCUGACACAGACUCAAGCGCAACCCGCACAAGUAGACGAUGUAAAAGGAAUCGAAAUUGUGCUACAAAACGAUCCCGUUCUGCCACAGUAACCGAUUCCCGAGAUAAAUAUGGAGUCGUCGCCAGUGUCCGUUACGGAGCCGGGCAAGAGCGCUUGUGAAGCGGGCAAUUCGGUGGAGGACAGCCCGGUGAAACCAGACAGCAAGGCUGAAACCGAUAAACCAGCUCUAGUUAGGCGGCAGAGUUGCUCAAGUACCAACAAGGAUGUGUCUUCAGCCAAGAAAACACACACAUCUCAGAUUGAGAGUAUUCCCUGUAAAAUCUGUGGAGAUAAAUCAUCAGGGAUUCAUUAUGGUGUUAUCACCUGUGAGGGAUGCAAGGGUUUCUUCAGGAGGAGUCAGCAGGGCACUGUGUCAUAUUCUUGUCCUCGGCAGAAGAGCUGUCUGAUUGACCGGACCAGCAGAAACCGCUGCCAGCACUGCCGCCUGCAGAAAUGCUUAGCAGUGGGCAUGUCAAGAGAUGCUGUGAAGUUUGGCCGCAUGUCUAAGAAGCAGAGGGACAGUCUGUUUGCAGAGGUGCAGAAACACCGUCAGCAGCAGCAGGAGAAAGUGGGUGGAGAAACCUUGGAAGGGCAGGACCCUCAACCUCCUGGAGAGGCAGAGCCACUUGCCCCCUCUAACACCCUUUCCACCAAUGGGGUCACAGAGCUUGCUGAUGACCUCAGUGGAUAUGUGAACGGUCGAAGCCCAGAGGAGAGCAAGACAGAUUCAGCGAUUGGUGGAUUUUACCUGGACAUUCAGCCCUCUCCAGAUCAGUCAGGUCUAGACAUGGACGGCAUUAAACUAGAAUCUGUGUGUGAUCUCAGCUCAGACUCUGGACUUGAUCAAUAUUGUUGCUAUGGCAAUGGAGACACUUCCUCCCCUGGCAGUGAUCUAGAACAUCUGUCAGAGAACAUCUGCAAGUCUCACCUGGAAACGUGCCAGUAUCUUAGAGAAGAGUUACAGCCCAGUAACUGGCAGACAGUCCUACAGACCGAUCUGGACACUUACCAAAAGAAGUCUCAGGAGGACAUGUGGCAGCUGUGUGCCGUUAAAGUUACUGAGGCUGUGCAGUAUGUGGUUGAGUUCGCCAAGCGCAUCGAUGGAUUCAUGGAGCUCUGUCAGAAUGAUCAGAUUGUGCUGCUCAAAGCAGGUUCUUUAGAGGUUGUGUUUGUGAGGAUGUGUCGGGCAUAUAACUCUCAGAACAACACAGUCUAUUUUGACAGCAGAUAUGCAGGGCCGGAGGUCUUCAAAGCACUUGGAUGUGAUGAUCUUAUCAGCUCUGUUUUUGAGUUUGCUAAGAGCCUGAACACUCUACAGCUUUCUGAAGAUGAGAUUGGCCUCUUUUCUGCAUAUGUGCUGAUGUCCGCAGAUCGCUUUUGGCUACAGGAGAAGACCCGAGUGGACAAACUCCAACAGAAGAUCAAACUCGCCCUGCAGCACUUACUGCAGAAGAACCAGAGGGAUGAGGGAAUUCUCACAAAGCUGGUCUGCAAAGUGUCCUCCGUCCGGAUGUUAUGCCAUCGACACCUGGAGAAGCUGAGUGCAUUCAGAGCCCUGUACCCAGAAAUGGUCCACACACGCUUCCCUCCACUCUAUAAAGAGCUGUUUGGCUCAGACUUUGAGCAGGCUCUGCCUCAGGAAGCCUGAGCGAUACUCAUCCUGAUACUGCAUGGAUUCAGAUAUGGAGAGAGGGAGUGCAAGAGAGAGAACUAGAUAAUACUAACAUGCUGACAAAAACUCUAAGGUCACAUCAGCCUUGGUUCAUGUUAACUGCAUUCUCCCAAAGCACUUCUCAGAGUCCUGCUACACUUUGAACUUUGCCCUUGGCUGUGCACCAAAAGGCUGGGUGAUCUGAAGUAAAGAAAACAUCAGAAACAAGACAAAAAACUGUCCUGUUGAUAUUUUGUAAUGUUCAUAAGAGCAUUCCUCCAUGCCACAGCUUUAUCUUUUAGUGUCCUGUUCCAACUGAAUGAGAUCUCUGAGCAAGCAGACACACCCACUGUAUUUGACUACCCCAGUGGUGCACUCUACUGGCCGUAGAGAGUAAUUCAGAGACAUGAGGUAGACAGAGACGGGAAAUUAAUGUCUGGAGCAGAAAUCCCUGUCUUUCCCCACCGGUGGCACAAUAAACAGCCCAUGUUGGUGCUAGCAUUACAGCACUGCCCUUUACUGAACUCUUCCACUAUACGAACAUUCAGCAGGGACAUCAUUUGGCAUAACCACUGCCCUAGCCCAAGGACAAGUCUGUGGAGGUGCACAAGGCAUGACAUAGAACUCAAAACUAUGUGACCUGAAUCACAAUUGUAGUGAAACUUUUGACUGUUGCGUUUUCACGAUCAAAUGGUAUAUUCUGAGGCAGUGAGCUCAAGUAAACCAUAUAUACUUGUUAUAUGGCUAGUUAAAUCAUGCAAUGUAUGAUGUAAAGAACCUAACAAAAGGUAGCACUUUGUGUUUUUUCCCAGCAAUAAAUGCUUUGAAUUCAAUUUGUGAAGAGGAAAAAAAAUCUGAAGGAUCAUGCUGUUAUUUCAGGUCUGUGAGAUCUGAAAUACUUGUGUUUUGUUAAAUUCCUGUUUUUUAAAGCCAGCUCUCAUUGUCUAGAGUUGGUGGUGUGACGCCCUGUUGUGCCAUAGUGAUUCUGUAAUUAGAUUUCCGUAAAAGUGAGGUGAGUGGAGAGAUGAUAAGGGUCAUGUGUUGACAUUCCAGGGGAUCUAGCGGUUGAUAUUAAAUGUCAAGGUGAUGGAGGUGAUUGAUUGCUGUUUCUCCUAAAUGACCCUUUUCAGUAAGACGAGAUAUGUUUAGAUGUUUUUGCGCCAAGUGCUUCAGCUCACCAUAGAGGAUAUAUUGGUAUAUCCUUUUUCUUUCCCUUUUCUAAUUUGCAGCAUUGUACACAGGCUUGUUUCUAAAAGAAAGAUGUCAGAUCUUUGUCAACAGGCUCCCCCCCAACACGUACAUCUAGGCCAAUUUUAAUUCAUUUGGCAUGCAGCCUACAUGCAAGGACAGCAAUAACCUUAGUAAAAAACAUGUUCUAAUCUAACAUUGGUGUUUAACUUUUUUUAUAAGGGCUGGCACUGCUUUACUUGUAGUAUUGAUGUUAGUAUCUGUUUUCGUGCAAGACAAUCCAUCAAAUCUCUGACCUCAUUAAAGGGAAUAUUGGGACUGCUCAGGGAAACUAUUGUUUUAUAGUUGAGGAGGAGAUUGAACUUGUUAGAAACUGCAAGGAGAUGGCAGUGUAGUACAGUCGUUUGAGAAAUAAUGUGCAAAAUAUAUAACAGUGAAAUAUUGUUCAAUUGUUCUGUCCUCUACGAGCAUCAGGGUCAUCUGUGUAAAUUAAGAAUUAUCCAAAACAGUACUGAGCAGAAAGCAAUAACAAUGGCGUAAUCAUGUUUUGAAAAUGAAAUUUGCAAGAAAAAAUUAUUUAUGCAGAAUGCCAUCAUGUGGUUUUGUUUGCUUUGAAAUUAGCUUGGUUCAGCCUCUUCCAUGUCCUGAUAUCUUUAGCCCCUUCCUAUUGUUUUAGAGACCUUAUUUGGCCUUUGUACUCUCUGUGAAUAUCUAUCUAUUAAGCAAACCUAAAUCCCACUGUUUGUUUUGGUAAUUUCUAACUAUGGUUACCCAUUAAACAUCGAUUAUGACACUUGAAUGGUUGGUGAAUUAAUUUCUUAAGUUUGAUUUUAAACUCAUUGAUGAAAUAAGUUAAUUGAUUUCUGAUAGUAUCAAGGUUCAGUAUGGAUUAUAAACCGUUUAUUAUUAUGACAUGUGCAACGUGUGGUGUUAUCUGUGAGCUAGUCCAGAGGCCUGAAAUGUUAUUUCAUUAUUUUGCCAAUUCAUUAUCAUUUAAAUGUCCAUCACUAAGGCAGUAUUGUAUUUUUCUCUUGCUUUGGUUUUGGGGCAUGAGUACUUAAUAUUUCUAUAUACACAUGUUAAGACAAGAGUAUCAUCACAGUAACACAGUCACUUUUUAAGGUUGUCAUAAUUUUCACUGACAAAUGACCAAAUGUUUUGUAUGAAAAACACACCAUGUUAUGCUAAUUUUUGAGUCGUGAUAACAUGAGUGCAUCACAGCUUGUCCUGAUAAAAAGCGUCCUUUUUCUUUUUUUAAUAUACAGAAUCUGGUUUUUCCACUGUAAAUUUUUUCCUCCUUAAUUUUUAACAGAUUAACAGAUGGUUUGGUUUUGAUUAAAUCCACCAAGCACUCUUAAACUAGUCUCUGGUCGACCUUUAGUAAUAGUCAUUUCUUUCUACUUGUUUGUUUCAAGGUAUUUUGCCUUUUGUAUAUACACCUGUACAAAAAUGUAAAAGUAUUGUUUUCUUUUAAAAACAGUUUUCAUCUAAUGUUUUGAUUUUUGUAUUUAGAGGUUUAACCCCCUAAAUUACUUUUAUUAAAGGUGCAUGUCACACAUUGACAAAUUGUGUGUUGAACGUGCUGAUGAUAAUAAAAAUCCCACAGCUUGUGAUGAAUAUGACAGUUGUCAUCUUUCUCU